AUGGCGCGACGCAAAUCGCAGUUUCUCGACGAGGGCCAGGACUCGGGCGAUUCUGAGGCGUCGGAUGAUCUGGAGCGCGCGGUGCCACGGUUUGUACAAGGCACGCAAUCCAAGGCGUUUCCCGCGUUUGUCAGAGCAUCGAAAGCGCCUGCCGAUGCACCAAGCGAGGGAAGCGCGUCGGACGAGGAGCGCGUGUCGUUUGCACGACGUGCACCUGGUGGCGGACUUGGUGCUGGGCGCGGUGCAGCGGGUGGUGCCGCUGCUGGUGCGGUGCCGCCCGCUCCGCUCUCGCGCACGUCUGGCUCGGGCGGCUUUGAUCCUUCUGCUUAUCUCCGAAAAAUGGGCUGGACAGGCGGCGGACUCGGGAAGGAAGGCGAGGGCAUUGUCAACCCGAUCGAGGUGCAGCUGCGCCCCAACCGUGCCGGUGUCGCAUUCGGCGGGCGCACAGAAAAGACGAAGCAGGCACGCCGCGAAGAGCGACGAAAAACAGGUGCGCCAUCGUCCAGCGACGAAGAUACCCACGCCCCAACGCGCACCGCGCCACGCUCCAAUGCAUGGAAGAAGCGUAAUGAAGCGCGCCCCAAGCUUGUGCACCGCACCUAUGACGAAAUCAUCGCUGAAGCAGCGGGCGCUGCGCCAAGCGCCGGCCCUAUCUACGAUGCUACAGGAGGUGCGCUGCGCGAAGUCGCGUCUGUAUCCGCUGCGUUGCGCCAUGCAGUGCCCACUGAAGAUACGUACCUGCCAGAGCUGCAACACAAUACACGCCUCUUGUGCGAUACGACGCGCACUUCGCUCGACAAGAUGGCGCAGCAAGGCGCGGGAUUUGUCGACCGCGCACGCUGGCUGCGCCACGAGAAGGAAACGUGCGCACGUCGGAUCGCACACGCGCAGCACGAAAAAGCGCUUCUUGUAUCGGUGCUGGACAGGGUCAAGCAGCUCGCACACGUCGCGUCCAGUGCAAGCACGCUUGAGGCGCUGCAGCCAGCCAUGGACGAUCUUCUCAAAGCACAAACGCCCGAGAUGCAGUCGCUGCACCUUGAUGAGGCCGUCGCUGGCGCGCUUGCUGCUGUGUUGCGCCGCGCGCUUGCCACCUGGGCGCCAUUAGAGGCGCCGCACGCCUUCACCGCCCUGCUCACGCGCUGGCUUACUGCGUUGGUGCGCGACGAAAAAGGCCCGCUCGUCAUGACUCCGUACGAGAGCAUGCUAUGGAAUGUAUGGAUGCCCACGAUCCGGAAUGCGCUUACCAACGAAUGGGACGUGCACGAUCCCGCGCCGGCCAUCGCACUUGUCGAGGCGUGGCGUCCUCUCGUGCCUGCCUUUCUCUACGACAAUAUCUGGGACCAGCUGAUCCUUCCCAAGCUGCAGCGCGCUGUGCAUGCAUGGGCGCCCACCAAGGCUACUGUGCCGCUUCAUAUGCUGGUCGUGCCGUGGCUGCCGCUUGCUGGCGCGCGCCUCGAUGCCAUCUUGGCCGACGCACGCCGUCAAUGGCAGCGUGUGCUUGCGACGUGGCCCAUUCACACCGCCCCAGCGGCGCUGCUGCACUGGAAAGGCGUAUUUGCCGCGCGAGAUUGGGAUGCACUGCUUUUGCAGCACAUUGUGCCGCGGCUCAGUCAUCUGCUCCGCACGUCUUUUUCAGUGAACCCUGUCGCGCAGGACAUGAGCGCACUGGAAAGUGUGCUGUCAUGGCAUGGGAUCGUGCGCGAGAGUGUGCUUAGCCGGCUGCUCGAGACUGAGUUUGGCACGCCUUUCCUGCACACACUGCACCAGUGGCUCACACAGGAUACGGUGCAGUUUGACCAAGUCGCGGCGUGGUACGCGUUUUGGCGCGCGUGGUUCCCCGCGCAUGUGGCACGCCUGGAGGGCGUCGAGAAUGUGUUUUCCCGUGCAUUGCAGCUCAUGAACGCGGCGCUGGAUGCAGGAGAAAGACGGACGAGUUUGCCGAUGGUCUCGACUUUGCCGACGCCGCGCGAAAAAAAGCCGCCGCCACGUCCUGCUGCCCUCGAAGCGCCGCCGACGCUCGAAGAAAUUUCCUUCCGCAGCAUUGUGGAAGAGCGCGCAGGACAAAAGGAUGUUUUUAUCCUUCCGCAAAACCGCCUCGAGCCAGCGACGGGGCUGCCGCUUUUGCGCGCUGCGAAGCACAUCGACGGCAAGCAUGGGAUCAUGUUCUAUUUGGACGACGAUGUGAUAUUUGCCGCAGACAAAGGAGCGUACGAGCCGAUAGCACUUGCCGAAUUUCUCGAUCGUGCUUGUGCCGUAUAG